CGGACAUGAGCGAGAUUAUGCUUGCGACGGCUAUUCUGAGUGAGGAGGUGUUGCAUAGCCAAGUUGGUUGCGCGCGAAAGCAAGUUUCCCUUCAUCCACACCACCAAAUGCAUCAUUUCCUGUUUCUGGCUCCGACGAUCGGUCGUAACCUUAUCGCUGGAAAUACUUGCGCGCGUCAUCAAAUGUCAGCAAUCAGGUGCUGCCACGUAUGAUCACACCCUCGACUCGGCGGGAAUCCUUCGACGGACGGACGGAUGUAACGGCCAAUACGAUCUGCGUCGCUCUCUGCUUAUCCAUUCUCAGCUGGCCAAGGAGUGGGGACACUUUUGGUUUCAUGCGCAACCAACUCUGCCGUCUGUACGAGGAGACGAGCAAAUUCUUCCCUGCAAUCUGUGCAUCAGCUGCGGUCGAUCGAGAAGUUUUGCUUGCGCCGGCUUGGCCAUCUCGCACUCACUCGACACUGCCUCAAUGCCAAUCACACUACACUACACCACCGAGGAAACGCCAUUACGUAGAGCAAAUGCGAACGAUCGCAAAAUGGGGUCAUUUGAUGGCCGGCGACACCAAAUCUGCCUUUCGAAUUCAUGCACAGCCUCAGCUCAUUUCCACCAAAGCACUCAAUCUGCCUUGCUGCAAGACCAAGACUUUGCACCCCGUCUCGAAGGGUAAUUCAUUUUUGCCGCCUUCCCUCUUAGGAGGGAGGUAAUCAGCCCUACUCCUCACAGGUUGUACAGUCGGUGCUGCCGCCAUUACUCUGAAUUGGCGAAUGCGAUGACUCCCGUUUCUGCUCAUUCUUGGCCGCAAC